AUGGCUGGCAGUGGAGACCUUAGCACCAUUACAUCGAAAACCGGUGAAAAUGUAGUUCGGAAGCCACGGGGCAGGCCAGCAGGUUCCAAAAACAAGCCCAAACCACCCAUCAUUAUCACUCGAGACAGUCCCAACACGUUGCGGGCUCACGCCAUGGAGGUUAGCCCGGGUUGCGACAUUGGUGAGAGUUUAGCCACUUUUGCUAGGAGGAAGCAACAAGGGGUAUGGGUGCUAAGUGCCACCGGGUUCGUCAGCAACGUCAUGUUGCGUCAGCCGUCUAUGUCAUCGGCUGGUCCGGGUUCCGGGCCUGUGGUCACCCUGCAUGGCCGGUUUGAGAUUUUAUCAUUGGUGGGUUCUGUACUGCCGCCACCUGCUCCACUAGGUGUCACUGGCUUAGCCAUAUACCUAGUGGGCCCACAGGGCCAGGUCGUGGGUGGUGCCAUUGCUGGCCCACUCAUGGCCUCUGGACCUGUGGUGAUCAUGGCGGCUACUUUCAUGAACGCCACUUUCGAUAGGUUGCCCAUCGACAAAGAUGAAGCGAUUGCAACCGCUGCUACACAUGAUCAACUGCAUGGUCGUGCAAUUGGUGUUUCGGAUAUCUAUGCGCCUUCGCAAAACAUGACCACCCUCCCUCCUCCUGAGAUAUAUACUUGGUCAAUGGCCCGACCGUUAUCUAAGGCAUGA